AUGGCGGACUCCUCCGGGAAGGUUUUGAUGGAUCUGAUAAGCUCCGAUCCGAAGUCAUCAUCCCCAUCUUCUUCCAAAACGGCACAAGUUUCAUCCCCGUCGAUUCAGUCGCCUCGGAGCCCUUUUAAGAAAUCGGCAACACCAGUGACGAUGGGGGAUCGGAAGUCCAAGAGAUCUUUGACGCAUACUCAAAACGCUCCCGUAUCUUCUGGUAAAAUUGCUGUUCAUGUUCCUGAUGGGAAAAAGCCAGUUUCUUAUGCACUACUUGCAAGGAGUAUCCAUGAGCUAGCUGCUACAUCCGACCAAAAAAAGUCUCAAAGGCAGUUAGUGUAUUAUGUGUUCCCCAAACUUGCAAUCUACAACUCUGUUGAUCCAUCUCUGGCACCUUCUCUUCUCAUGCUUGGUCAGCAAUGCAAGGAUAGAACUAUUCUCCGUUAUGUAUAUUAUUACUUGGCAAGAAUAUUGUCAGAUAGUGGUGCUCAAGGGCUAACUUCAGGUGGUGUGAUUCCUACACCUAAUUGGGAUGCUUUAGCUGACAUUGAUGCUCUUGGUGGUGUUACUCGAGCAGAUGUUGUACCUAGAAUAAUAGAUCGGCUCGCUACUGAAGCCCUAAAUGAUGAUGUUGAAUUUCAUUCACGGAGAUUGCAAGUAGUUAAAGCUCUUACAUAUGCACCUACAACUAAUCCUGUGAUCUUGUCCAAGUUGUACGAAAUUGUCUUUGGUAUUCUUGACAAGGUUGCUGAUGCACCUGAUAUGCGUAAGAAGGGCAUCUUUGGGGCAAGUAAGGAGUCUAUAAUUGGGAGUAAUCUGCAAUAUGCUGCUCUAAGUGCCUUGCGAAGACUUCCUCUGGAUCCAGGAAAUCCUCUUUUUCUUCAUCGUGCUGUGCAUGGAAUUUCAUUUGCUGAUCCAGUGGCUGUUAGGCAUGCAUUGGAAUUGACUUCUGAGCUAGCUACAAAAGAUCCGUAUGCUGUUGCCAUGGCUUUAGGGAAGUUCGUCCAACCUGGUGGAGCUCUACACGAUGUUUUGCGUUCUCCUGAUGUUCUUGCUAGGGUUGCUCUGGCAAGGUUAUGUCAUACAAUAUCUCGAGCCAAGUCAUUAAAUGAAAGGGCAGACAUUAAAUCUCAGUUUAAUGAUUUGCUGUAUCAACUCAUUAUUGAUCGGAGUGCCACUGUUUGUUUUGAGGCCAUCGCUUGUGCACUGGGAAAAUCAGAUAAUGCAGACAGGACAGAAGUGCGAGCUCUUGGAUGGUACAAUUUGACCAGGGUAGUUCUCAAUGUACCAGUUAAAAAUGACAAAUCUUACAACAAAAAAUGUCCAGAGCUCCUUAUCAAAAUUGUCAUGAAAAGGUUGAAAACUUCUUUUGGUAGUUCAUGUCGGCCUGUAUUGCAUGCAGCUGCCCGAAUUGUGCAAGAAAUGGGGAAAAGUCGAGCAGCUGCUUUUGCUUUAGGCCUACUGAAUAUUGAAGAAGAUUUAGUCAAUACAUUUGCCAAAAGCAAUGAUUGGGAUCAUGUGUCCUCUGAAUCUGAAGGUGAUUAUGAUGAUGACACAAUUGGGAGUUUGUUAGCUUCAUUAAUGGAGGUUGUCCGAACCACUGCUGCAUGUGAAUGUGUUUAUGUACGUGCUAUGGUGAUUAAGGCACUGAUAUGGAUGCAAAGUCCUGAAGAAUCUUCCAGUGAACUUAAGCUAUUGAUUGCAUCAGAGAUUUCUGAUCCUUCUUGGUCAGCCACUUUGUUAAACGAUAUUUUGCUCACUUUGCAUGCUCGUUUUAAGGCUACUCCUGAUAUGGCGGUUAUCCUUCUUGAAUUAGCAAGAGUAUUUGCUACUAAAGUCCCUGGAAAAAUUGAUGCGGAUGUGCUGCAACUCUUAUGGAAGACAUGUCUUGUUGGAGCUGGUCCAAAGGGAAAGCAUACAGCUCUUGAAGCUGUGACAGUAGUUCUUGAUCUGCCACCACCACAACCAGGCUCCAUGUCUGGGAUUACAUCAAUCGAUAGGGUUUCUGCAUCUGAUCCAAAGUCAGCUUUAGCUUUACAGAGAUUAGUUCAAGCAGCAGUGUGGUUUGUUGGAGAAAAUGCAAAUUAUGCUGCUUCUGAGUAUGCUUGGGAGUCAGAAACCCCUCCAGGGACUGCAUUGAUGAUGUUAGAUGCAGAUAAAAUGGUUGCAGCAGCUAGUUCUCGUAAUCCAACUCUAGCUAGUGCAUUGACUCGACUUCAAAGAGUUUCUUUCAGUGGCAGCUGGGAGGUACGUAUCAUUGCUGCUCAAGCUCUUGCCACCCUGGCAAUCCGAUCAGGUGAGCCAUAUAGGCUACAGAUAUACGAAUUUCUACAUGGCUUAGCACAAGGCGGGGUCCAGUCUAAGUUUUCAGACAUGCAUAUCAGUAAUGGUGAAGAUCAAGGAGCUAGUGGUACUGGUCUUGGCUCUUUGCUAAGUCCAAUUUUGAAAAUCCUCGAUGAAAUGUAUAGUGCACAAGAUGAACUCAUAAAAGAUAUGCGUAACCAUGACAAUGCCAAAAAGGAGUGGACUGAUGAAGAACUUAAGAAGCUGUAUGAAACUCAUGAAAGGCUCCUCAAUCUUGUUUCAUUAUUUUGUUAUGUUCCACGAGCAAAAUACCUACCUCUGGGGCCUAUUAGUGCCAAACUUAUUGACAACUAUCGUGAUGAGCAUGAUAUUAGUGCAUUCAGUGUCAUGAGUGAUCCAGUUCAUGUAGCCACAGGAAUUUCUGAACUUAUAUAUGAAGCAACUAAACCAUCACCAUCUUUGGAGGCUGAAACUUUUGAUGAUGAUCUUGUAAAUGCUUGGGCAACUGGACUUGCUGAUGAUGAUGGCUUGUGGGGAAACAAUGCUCUUGCUAUGAAUAGGGUCAAUGAGUUUCUUUCUGGCUCUGGUACUGAUGCUCCUGACUUUGAGGAUGAGAAUAUUUUUGCCAGAUCUUCGAAUGAUGAUAUGUGGGCAAAAACUCUUUUAGAACCAUCAGAACUUGAUUAUGAUGAGUCAUCUACCUCUUCUUCCCCAGACUCAGUAGGAUCAGCUGAGACAUCCAUUUCGUCUCAAUUUGGUGGAAUGAAUUAUCCAUCAUUAUUUAGCUCAAAGUCAAAACCCAAGCAAAAAGGUCAAGUGGUAACCAGUUACUGGUUUCUUGAGUUUUUUCAUGUUAAAAAUUCUAUAAUUGGAAGAAUUUCACUUUAUCAUCUGUCGACAGUUGCAAACAAAUUCACUUUUUUUUUUUUUUUUUUUUUUCAGGUUAGAGAAGAUCCAACUCCAUACUCAUCCCCUUUCCACAAAAGUGACACUUCAUUUGAGAAUCCGAUAGCUGGUACUGAAAUUGAGUAUAAUUACCAUGAUGAUGACCAAUCCUCCUCUGGGAAUAUAGACUUUGGAACAGCACUUUACGACUUUACCCCUGGUGGCGAUGAUGAGUUGAGCCUGGUUGCUGGAGAAGAGCUUGAGAUUGAAUAUGAAGUUGAUGGAUGGUUCUAUGUGAAGAAAUUACGCCCUGGCUUGGACGGGAAAACAGCUGGACUUGUCCCUGUUCUGUAUGUCAGCAAAUCUUGAAGCUCAUGAUUUAUUCUUCAGUUCUCCAUAUAAUAACAAUAAACUGAAUCCAUCUUUGGGCUUCAGUUAGUGGAUUUUUUUGUCAAGAGUCGCCAACUUGGCAACUUCUUUGACCUCCUUCCCUUUAUCUGGAGACCUAUGUCUUGGCACCCAUUAUUCUGGAGCUAUCACACAUUUUUUUUUCUGAGUUUCUAGCUACAACAAAUCUUUUCUUAUAAGGGAGGCCCCUUAAUGGGAGCCUAGCCGUUGGCAUGCCGGGGUUCGUCCAAAGAUAUUGUUGGUGCUUGUGAUUUACCCCAUAACAGGCCUAAGAUUUGGCGUGAACUGCCAUCAGGUUAUAUAUUUCCCCUUAUCAAUGAGAGAUUAACAUAGGUUGUGAUGAUUUAAUAUCCGUUAUUUUUUUGUUACUAUAUAUAAAUAGACCUCAUCUCUACAUAAUCUUGAAAAAUCAAUUGUUGGUGAAUUUGAAGAUAAAUAAUGAGAAUAAAGUUGUUAAAUAUGCUUUAGAACGACCUAUGUUUAUGUUGGA